AUGGGAAGCUUGGGCGCCAACAAAUCCACCGCUUGGGAGGUCGCUGGUGCCAGCAAACGGGAGGCCCUUGCUGCUUCAAUCCCCCCCGAAUGGCGUGUACCAGCAGAGCUCCUCCCUCCAAACUCCCAGCAGGAUGUUACCGGCUGGCCUGAGGCCUCCGGCUGGUUUACCGUGAAGGAGAUCGCCAUCACCAAUAGCACUGCUACCGAGCUGCUUCCCAGGCUCGCUUCUGGCGACCUCAAAUGCGUCGACGUGACAAGGGCAUUUUGCAAGAGAGCCGCCGCGGCGCAUCAGCUGACAAACUGCCUCUCCGAGACGUGCUUCGACCGCGCCCUGGCCACGGCCCGCGCUCUGGACGAGCAUCUCGAGCGCACCGGCCAGCCGCUGGGUCCCUUCCACGGCCUGCCUGUGUCGCUCAAGGACAACUUCAACCUCAAGGGUCUCGAUGCCACCGUAGGCUUCGCGUCCCACGUCGGCUGCCCUGCCGAACGCGACGCCGCCCUGGCCGAGCUCCUCGAGGGGGCAGGCGCCGUCUUCUACGUCAAGACCAACGUCCCGACGGCCAUGAUGAUCGCCGAGUCAGUCAACAACGUCUUUGGCCGCACCGUCAACCCGCGCAACCGGGGCCUGACCAGCGGCGGUAGCUCCGGCGGCGAGUCGGCCCUUAUCGCCAUGAAGGGCAGCCCGCUCGGCGUGGGCACCGAUAUUGGCGGCUCGCUGCGUAUCCCCGCCGCCUGCACCGGCAUCUUCACCCUCCGCCCUUCUUUCGGCCGCUUCCCCACCCUCGGCUGCCGCUCUGGUAUGGCCGGCCAGGAGGCUGUGCAGUCAGUCAACGGGCCCAUGGCGCGAACCGUCGCAGAUCUCGAGUACUACAGCCGCGCCGUUACCGACCGGCAGCCGUGGCUUCACGAUCCGCGCUGCCUGCCUAUUCCGUGGCGAGGCGUGACACUGCCCGCCAAGCUGAGGGUCGCCGUGAUGUGGGACGACGGCAUCGUGAGGCCGACAGCGCCCGUCGCGCGCGCCCUCCGUGAGGCGGUCGGGAAGCUGCGUGCCUCUGGCGCCGAGGUCGUCGACUGGGACCCCGUCGACCAGCAGCAGGGGCUCAGCCUCCUCGAGCGCAUGUUCGUCGCCGACGGCGGUGAGUCGAUCCGGCGCGAGCUCCAGCGGACGGGCGAGCCGUGGAGGCCCGAGAUGGAGGCCCACUCGCGCGCCAAAGAGGUCAGCACGUACGAGAUGUGGCAGAUCCACCUCGAGCGCACCGCGUUCCAGAAGAAGUACCUCGACCGAUGGAACGCGGCCGGCAUCGAUGCCAUCCUGUGCCCCACAACGCCGUUUGCCUCUGUCAAGAAUGGCACCUACAAGCACGUUGCUUACACCGGCGUCUUCAACGUUCUCGACUACUCUUGCGUUUCGUUCCCGACAGGCCUUUUGGCAGACAAGAACCUCGACGUGCCCGAUGCCACAACCCAGCCCCUGAGCCCCAUGUGCCAGGCUGUCCACUCAGAUUAUGACGCCGACGCGGUCCACGGGAUGCCUGUUAGUCUACAGCUGGUUGCUCGACGCCUAGAAGAGGAAAAGGUGAUAGCCAUGAUCAAACAUAUCCUGGAUAUCAUUUAG